UUUUUAUCCAAUCAGGUGAUCGUGCGUUUAUUUUGAACGCGCUACUGGCGGUUAAACGGAUAACGCUCGUUCUCCUCAGGAUUAAAGUAAACAAUAACGCUCAGAAAAGCGCGUGUGAUCCGCAAAGGUAAGAGUUCAAGACAGAACGCGCUUUAAUAUAAAUAAAUCAGUGAUAAUAGUUUGGGUUGUCCGGUUAGUCUGUCGAAAUAAAGACUCCUGAAUCUGAAACAUGUCAUCGGUCCGCGGCUCGUCGAAUCCCAGAGUUCCGCUCAGAGAUGUCACGUUUCAGAACAAACUGCUGAAUUUAAAGGACGGUCCUAAAAUACAGGUUGAAGUGGCUCCUGGUGAAAAGCUUAUUGCAGCGGAUGAACCCGAAGAAGAUCAGGAUGUGGUGUUAAAGUCCUUCGUGUGUCUUGAAGGAGAAGUCGUGGUUCAGGAUGAAGCUGUUCUCGUCAGGCGUCUGGAAGGAGAGGAAGACGUCUCGUUCGGAUCCCUCGUCUGUUCGGCUGGAGAGGUUCAGGUUUCAUCCCUUCUCAUGACGGAGCUCGCAUCAGGAACCCUGAAUACUCCUGUCUGUACAGUGGCUGCAUCAGUGAGCGCUCAGCCUUUGGGUCGUUCUUACUGUGUCCGUGCAUCUCCACGUGAAGAUCCCGAGAACACAGUGAAGCUAAGCGAUCAGGAUCAGGAGGAUCUCUCUGAAGGACGGCGAGGCGUGUCUAGCAGGGAAGGAGAGAUCACAUUUAAAGGCUUGUGUUGCUCUGGGGGGGAGAUGGAGAUUGGUGAUGUGUCAGGAAUGUCUGCGUUUAUGGAGAAUCUCACAGAAGAGCAAAGUGUGUGUUGUUUAUAUGACGUCAGUGCGGAUGAUGCUCGGAGCUCUGCUGCUGUGACUGCAGGAAGCACGCGUGACGAUCACAUUUACUGCCGCGCCGAGGGAACGCCACGGCUCCGGAACACACCGAGCGCUCGGCAGUCCUUGGGAGGGAAACACUGUGGGAGGCGCUUUCAGGAGAAGUCCGGAAAGUCGACCGACAGUGGGAAAGUCACUCGGCGUCCCCUCUUCUGGACUAAAACUAUCUGCUAG